CGCGCGCGCGUCCGGAAUGUCCUCCGCGGAGGACCCCAACGUCCUCGCGGAUGCGCUCGGGGCCGUGGACGUCGCCGACGACGCGCCGAGCGCGCCCGUUCGCUUCGUCGACGGCACGUCGACCCCGACGAUUGAGGACGAGCCCGCGGACGACGCCGAGCGCGACGCCCUCGAGGCUUUCCGCGAGCGCUUGGCGAAGGACGGGGUGCAGAUCCCGCGCACAAUGUCCGCGAACGGCGGCGAACCCGGCGUUUGCCUCCGCUUCCUCCGCGCGCGCAAGCUCAAGGUGGAGAAGGCGCUCAAGAUGCUGCGGGACUGCCUGGCUUGGCGCGAGGCGAACGACGUGGACGCCUUGCUGGACGAACCGCUCGACCUGGAGGAGUUCAAGACGAACGCGCGGAUGUAUCCGGCGUCGUAUCACGGCCGCGACGUCCUCGGCCGGCCGGUGUACAUCGAGCGCACGGGCAGCGCCAAGUUCGCGGACCUCGUCAAGAAGCUCGGCCACGACGGCUUCGUCAAGAUGCACCUGCGCGCCAUGGAGUACCAAUCCCGCGUCCUCCUCCCGGCCGCCAGCGCCGACGCCGGGACGCUCGUGUCCAAGAUGUGCAACGUCAUCGACGUCGGCGAACUGUCCCUCUACGACACCGUGUCCCACUCGGAGGUGCUGGCGGUGUUGAGGAAGAUCGCGCAGAUCGACCAGGACUAUUACCCGGAGAACCUGGGCGUGACGCUCGUGGCGCACGCGCCGUGGAGUUUCACCACCGCGUGGAGCAUCGUCAAGGUGUUCCUGGACGCGAAGACCGCUGCCAAGUUCAAGGUGCUCGGCACCGGCGCCGCCGGGGUGGAGAAGCUGACGAAGGUGCUUGGCGAGGGCAAGGUCCCGGCGUUUUUGGGCGGGACGUGCGCGUGCGCGGGUGGGUGCGUGUGUUGCGAUCCGAGGGUGGGCGAGACCCCGGACGUGCUCACGACGGAGCAGGUGCAGUACGCGAGGUUCGCGGCGCGGCGACGACGCGGGAUUGGGGACGGGGAGGUUGCGGGUUCGAACACCGGCGGGGGCGCGAAGGCGGUUGAGUAGGUAAAUCUUUCGUUGUUGAAAUUUCGAGUCAUCAAGCGCG